UGAGCUGUGUGGAGUAAGUGCCUUAGGAGCUGCCAUGUGCAGCCCCUCUGACGGCCAGACCCGGCAGACCACGGCAGAAGGACCUGACGGCCAGACCCGGCAGACCACGGCAGAAGGACCUGACGGCCAGACCCGGCAGACCACGGCAGAAGGACCUGACGGCCAGACCCGGCAGACCACGGCAGAAGGACCUGACGGCCAGACCCGGCAGACCACGGCAGAAGGACCUGACGGCCAGACCCGGCAGACCACGGCAGAAGGAGAAUGAGUGAUACCCGUCACCCCAAAGCCCUGCUUGCCUCUCCCAGUUUUAGUUCUUCCUCUGGCAUGUUUAUCUUCUGGGUAAUGCUUCUCACAGUGUUGGUUGUCUGAGUGGACCCAACAGCGUGAUGUGCACACAAAAGAGAAAGAAACUUGUGGGGAUGAGACUUGAGAGGAGUGGUGCCUGUUAUUUCCUGGGCUUCACGUGGCAAAUCCAGCAUCAGUUAGUCCACCACAGUCUGCUUUCUCUGAUUGUGGCCUCCUGUGAUUUGGUGUUUGUAUUGCAAAUCAGUGGUGCAGUAAACUCCUUUAACAGGUUUCCAUUUCAAUAUAGAAAUUUUAUUUUUCUCGUCGUAAUAACAUUGGCCUCAUAUUUUGUUUGUAUCUCCUCUUCAUUGAUUGCAUGGGUCACUUGCUUUGCAGGAAAAACAAAUAAUACACUUCCGGGGGAGGAGGCUAUUGUGGUCCAUAAGCUGUACUUUGGAAAUUUAUGCUCAUUAAAUAAGUUAAAAAAAAAAAACAAAUAAUACACUUCCAGGUCCCUUAUUACACAUGGGCUGAGACUAAAGAAUGUCACGGAGGACUAGCCUUGUUCAUCAGACACUACCGGGAAGGGAGCCUUGCCAUGGUUUUUUAAAGCAAAGUCUUUUCAUUGUGAAAAGCGAGAUUCUUCCAUAUAAAUUAUGGAAGAGAAUUUUGAACAGGAAUACGUUUUGGGUGAGUAGAUGCCAAAUGUUCAUCUCACUGGAUGAUUACUGUUCUAAAUAUUUUUCCAUUAGCUGGUUUCAGCUCAGGAAAUAGAUUAGACCCUUAAUGGCCUAAGCAACCAGGAAACGAGUGAUAUAUUUAUAGAUUCCACCAGUGAAUUUGAAAUAAAACUUCUUGCCUUUUAAAAAUUAUGACUGCAAUAGACUCAUGUAAAUGCCUCAUUUUUCUCUUUAAUGUUUUUUUUUUUAAAUAGUCCCUCUUCUUUUUUCUGUCCCAGCACCUUUUUAUGUUUUCUCUAUGGUAUUCUCAAUAAAGAGAAUAAAUUACCCAAAAUUAUAUCUGGAAGGGAUGCUUGAUUUCACGUUACGUGAGUCUAUUGCAGAACCCCUAAAACCCGAGUCUGCCGAUCGCUGACAUCAGUCGGUGGAAGGAAGUGGGGAUUUCUUGCAAAGUGCGGAGCAAGGAGCCCAGCUGCUGCGCCUAGUUGCCGGGCUCUCUGAAGGGUUAGGGGUACAGAUUCGUUCAGACUGCAGCUGAGUUAAGGGGUGUGGAUGUUCAGCUAGUGUACAGGUGUCCCUGUCGUCCCCAGUGCUCACGGCCCUCCUUCGGUUGAUCCAAGUGACAGUGUGUACGUUUGGGAUUUCUGAUGAUCGCAAGGCGGGCUCCAGUCAGUCCGGUGGAAGUUACUUCUUGCUCAGGGCCCGGGGUUGCUGGAGAACACCUCCAGACAAGACCAAACAUCAAGAUAUUAUCCGUAGGGGAGAUAAGUGCCUUCCUGAGUCUCGGAUCGAGAGCUCUGUGGCGCCAUCUGUGCUGCUCCCUGAAUUUAGCGAGGUUGAUUUGCUGAUGGUGUCCAACAGCAGAGACAGAGGCACUGUGUGAGGGCUCAGCUUCAAGCCUACUGCUACAAUCAGGUAGCCCGGAUCACCUAUUUCUGGCCUCCUUCUGGAAUCUGGAGCGAAUGUGAACCAGGACAGUCACGUGGGCCCCUCUCAGGCCCACAGCUUCUUCAGUCCAAAAGAUACUGAAAGGGAAGGCCUUGUGGCGCAGCAGGCCAGGCUGUCACUUGGAAUGCCUGCAUCCCCAGGAUUGUGUUGGAGUACUUGGUUCAAGUCCUGGCUACUCUGCACUCCUGACCCUGCUUCCUGCUGCUGCGCCUGGCAGUGGAUAGUGGCUGAAGUGCUUGGGUUUCUGCCAUUCAUGUGGAAGACCCGGGGGAACUCGUGGCUCCCGGCUGAGGCCUGGCCUAGGCCUGUCUGUUGUGUGCAUUUGGGGAAUGAAUCAGUGGCUGGAGGAUCUUCCCCGAGCCCCCAUCACUCUGACUUUCAAAUUAAUGAAAUAAGAAAAGACAGUGACACCUUAUGUGGCACUAAGAGUUUGUGCUCUUUGGAAAACCAGGAAUAACUGUAUCCUGAGAUAAAGCAUGCUUUCGGCUUUCCUUAGGGUCCUUGCUUGAGAGUUGGAAGUGCUGGUGCCCAUCUUGAUUUUGCCACUGAACCUCUCUGUGUCUUGGAACCUCUGAGAUAAGUGGUUGACUUCGAGGGUCCCAGGGGGUAGGGUAGAGGGGUAGGGGCUGUUUAACUCUUUUUUUGUUGUUAAUAUUUUAUUUAUUUAUUUGAGAGGUAGAGUUUUACAGACAGUGAGAGGGAGAGACAGAGAGAAAGGUCUUCCUUCCAUUGGUUCACUCCCCAAAUGGCCACAACAGCCAGAGCUGAGCCAAACCAAAGCCAGGAGCCAGGAGCUUCCUCCGGGUCUCCCAUGUGGGUACAGGCGCCCAAGCAUUUGGGCCAUCCCCCACUGCCCUCCCGGGCCACAGCAGAGAGCUGGACUGGAAGAGGAGCACCAGAACUAGAACCCAGCACCCGUCUGUGAUGCAGGUACCGCAGGCGGAGGAUUAACCAAGUGAGCCACAGCGCCAGCCCCUCCACCAUGUGUUUAAAUUUUCAAUCCUAGGAUACAAGAUCUGGGUGAAUUCUGAGAAAGCCACUGAAGCAGAAAUUGUCCAGUUAUUUCCCAUGCCUAUUUUUCUUGGGCCAUCUUCUACUGCUUUCCCAGGCCACAGCAGAGAGCUGGAUGGGAAGAGGGGCAGCUGGGACUAGAACCGGUGCCCAUAUGGGAUGCUGAUGCCACAGACGGAGGAUUAACCUGCUGUACCACAGUAGUAGGAUUAACCUACUGUGCCAGCCCUUAACUCUUACAUCUCAUGAAUCUAAAUUUCACCUAUGGUUUUCUAGAAUCCUGAAGUAAGCAUUUCACUUCUGUCUGUAGCACUCACUUUUUUGCACCUGUUAAGCAAAGACUAAAAACUCUUCAGAGAGACUAUUAAAAGCCAUGCCGUUUUUUAAAAAGAAAGGCUCAAAUCAAAGACAUUUUCAAAAGAACUGAGAUUUAAAGGUAUUUGGAAUUUUGUGGGCAAUGUUCAGUUAACACAUUCAUUUCCAUUCUGUGUAGAAAUGUCAUCUUAUUCCUGCAGCCUGUUGAUACUCUGGUAGGUUAUAAAAAUAAAAUGAAAGUUCAUAAAAACUUCAUAGCUCAGUUAUGCUUAUCAAUAGGUACUGCUUUCUCUCUUGGCAUUUGACCCUUACCUGGACAGUUAGACCUUUACCAUGGAUUCUUGAGUUUGGUCUGAGACAUGGUUGUUACUCCAGAAAACAAAAAUAGAGAGUACUCAAAAGAUCCUACUCUAUGGGACAGUAUAAUUAUACCAUUGGAUCAGGUUUAAAGCUCAAGUAAUUCUUUCACAAAUAAUAGUUCUUAUAUAGCAAGAUGCUUCAAAAUGCAGUCCUAAACUGUUACAGUAGACUUGACCAGCCAUUCAGUCCAAUUAAAAUAAAAUAAGCUGGGGGGCCGGCACUGUGGUGUAUCUGGUAAAGCCUCUGCCUGCGGGGCUGGCAUCCCUUAUGGGCGCCAUUUUGAGUCCUGGCUGCUCCUCUUCAGAUCCAGUCUCUGCUAAGGCCUAGGAAAGCAGUGUAAGAUGGGCCAAAUCCCUGGGGCCCUGCACCUGCAUGGGAGACUUGGAAGAAGCUUUUGGCUUCUGGCUUUGGAUCCUGGCUUUGGAUCAGCUCAGCUCCAGCCAUUGUAGCCAUUCACAGAGUGAACCAUUGGAUGGAAGAUUUUUCUCUCUGUCUCUCCCUCUCUCUGUCUGUAACUUUACCUCUCAGAUAAAUAAAUAAAAUCUUUUAAAAACUAAACUAAAACAAAGUAAGCUGCCUAUCUAAACAUACAUGAUAUUUUGGUUGCAGAACUAACACAAGGCAUUAUUACAACCCAAACACAAGGUAUUUUCUUCUCCAUGAAACUAGGCAUCACAAAUAUAGAUUCUUUUCAUGGGCACAUUUGAUAAGGAUAGUCUCAGUAGCUUUCACAUCAAGAUUUGCUUAAAAUGGCAUUUAGAAAGUGCUGAGUGGCAGACAUCUGUCAUGGCGGUCAAGAGGCUACGUGGGGUACCCACAUCCCAUACCAGAGUUCCUGGGCUUAAAUUCCUGCUCCACUCCCGAUUCCAGCCUCCUGCUCAUGUGCGUUCCAGGAGUCAGCAGAUGAUGGCUCAACUACUGGGGUCCCUGCCACCCCACUGGGACUUGGAUGAGUUCUUGGCUCUGGCUUUGAACUAGUCCAGUCACGGAUGUUAAGUAGGCAUUUGGAGAGUGAACCAGGGAUAGAAAAUUUCUCUCUCUCUCUCUCUCUCUCUCCCUCCCUCUCUCUCUCUCUUUCUCUCUCUCUCUCUCCCUCUCUCCCUGCCUUUCAAGUAAUAAAUAAAUAAAUAAUGUGGGAGGGAAGUGGUAUAAUGAAUAAAGAGAUUGGCAACUGCACCGUAAUACCUUUUAUCCUACUUGCAGCAUAAUACUAAACACUGAGAAAGAGCGGUACAGAGAGAAGGUGGGAAAUUUUCCAUCCAUUUCUCAAAGUGAUGUUCCACUCCCUGCCCUUCUUCUCACCGUAGUUGAAAUUCUACAGUGAUUUUCCCUUCAGUUAUUUGCCUAUUUCCUUUUUAAUGAGUUUUCAUUGUUAGACUCAGUAGAUUAAACAACGUUCUUCUUUGUUCAUUGAGUUGGUAAGAGGAUACUUUAAAUAGAUUGUGGAAAGAUGGAAUUAAAAAGUAAGUUUGUUUUGGUGCAAAAAAAUUUGAAAUCCAUGAAUACUUUUUUUCAUAAUAUGCAUUUUCCAUGAGCACUUCAAAAAACUCUUAGUAUAGUGAGAUCUGUAAAAAGUUAUUCUGUGCUGAUAUUGAAGAACCAAAUUUGUUAAAGAUUUAUUUAUAUAUUGUUUUGGAAGUCAUGGGGAGAGAGAGAGAUUUCUUCCAUCUGCUGGUUCACUCCCCAGACGGCCAUAACAGCCAGGGCUGGGCCAGGAUGAAGCUAGGAGCCAGGUCUCCCAUGUGGGUGACAGGGGCCCAAGCAUUUGGGCCAUCCUCUGUUGCUUUCCCAAGUGCUUUAGCAGGGAGCUGGAUCAGAAGUGGAACAGGCAGGACUCAGACUGGUGCCAUGUGGAAUGCUGGUGCUGUAGGAAGCGUCUUAACCCACUGCGCCAUAGCUCUGGCCCAUAGAUCACAUUUUCUGUAUCUGUUCAUCCAUCACACACACUUAGGUUGUUUCUGUGUCUUGGCUGUUUUGAAUAAUGCUGUGAUGCAAAUGGGAAUCCCAGUAUUUCCUCAAGAUGCUGAUUUCAUCUCCUUUGGGUAUAUAUCCAGAAGUGGAAUUGCUGGAUCAUGUAGAAUUUCAAAUUUUAAUUGUUUGAGGAACCACCGUAUUGUUUUCAUAGUGGCUAGGCCAAUUGACAUUCCCACCAACCAUGUCCAAAUGUUUCCUUUUAUCCACAUCCUUGCCAACUCUUAUUAUCUCUUGGAUCUUUUUUAAAAGAUGUAUUUGUUUAUUUGAAAGAGAGUUAUAGAGAGACAGAGGAGAAAGAGAAAGAGAGAGAGAGAGAGAGAGAGAGAGGUCUUCCAUCCGCUGGUUCACUCCCCAAAUGGCCGCAAUGCCUGGAUCUGGGCCAAUCCAAAUCCAGGAGCCAGGAGCUCCUUCCUGGUCUCCCAUGUGGAUGCAGGGGCCCAAGGACUUGAGCCAUCUUCUGCUUUCCCAGGCCUUAGCGGAGGGGUGCAUCGGGAAGUGGAACAGCUGGGACUUGAACCGGCACCCAUAUGGGAUGCCGGCACUGUAGGCGAUGGCUUUAUCCACUAUGCCACAGCACCAGCCUCUCUCUUGAACUUUUGAUUAUAGCUAUCUUAAUAGGUAUGAGGUAUGAUUUUGAUUUGCAUUUCCACAGUGAUUAAUAAUUUUGAGUAUCUUUUCAUAUAUCUGUUGGCCAUUUGUAUAUUGUCUUUGGAAAUUAUCUAUUUAGGUCCUUCAUACAUUUCUAAAUUGGAUUAUUUGAUGGAUUUGUUUGUUUUUGCUAUCGAGUUAUAUGAAUUUCUUAUAUAUUUUUAUACUAGCUUCUCAUUCUAUAUAUGGUUUGCAAAUACCUUCUCCAUUCCAUGUGUUGCCUUUUCAUUUUGUCAGUUAUUUUCUUUGCUGUGCAGAAGCUUAAAAGCUUGAUGUAGUUCUACUUGUUCAUUUUUGCCUUUAUUGCCUGUGCUUGUGAUGUCAUAUCAAAUCCAAAAAACCAGUAUGACAAACUUUCCUUCCAUGUAUUUUUCUAGGAGUUUUGUGAGUUCUGGUCUUACAUUUAAUUUUUAUUGUGAUAUAGCAGGGGUCCAAUUCUGUUCUUUGCUGUGUGGGAGUCCAGUUUUCAUAGCCCCGUUUAUUGAAGCAGCUGUCCUUUCCCCUGUGUACGCUUGGGGCCCUCAUCACAGACGUCUAGCCAUCUGUAGUUGCAAGGCAGCAUCAUGAAGCUGUAGCUUUACCAAUUUCAUGUUUCAAAAACAAACUUCUUUUAAAGAUUGAUUGAUUUGAAACGCAGAGUUGAAAGAGAGAGAGAGACAGACAGACAUCUUUCAUCCCCUGGCUCACUCCGCAGUGGCUGGAGCUAGGCCCAUCUGAAGCCAGGAGCAAAGAGCUUCAGCAGGGUGUCCCACAAAGUGCAGGGGCACAAGCACUUGAGCCAGCUUGUGCUGCUUUCCCAAGCCGUUAGCAGGGAGCGGGAUCGGAAGCGGAGCAGGCAGGACUUGAACCAGCACCCGUAUGGGAUGCCGGUGGCUUUACCCACUACACCACAAUACCAGCCCCAAAAAUAUAAGUUUUAAAACAUAAACUAAGAUUGUGACAUGCCCUGAAACUGAGGAUUUGAGAAAAAUAAAUGGCAAAGAUCCAUGGUGAUCACUGGUAGUAGCAGUAAUUGGAGUAUCCGACCUGAUUUGAGCUAUUCAGAAUAAUUAGGCGUCUGCAUGCACAGGUGAGUGUAAUGAUUACUAUUUCAAUAAAAUUAAAAUAUUGGUGUGUUUAAGUCUCAUUUGGUACUGGUAGGAAAGAAAACGCUUAAGCACUAUUGCUAAAGUCUCUAAACCUCUCUUUCAGCCUAAUUAGCAAGUUAAUGCUUUCUCCCUCUCUGCUCUUCCCUAAUUUUUCAUUCAAUUUAUCUUUUCCUGAAAACCUGCUAAUUUCAUGCACUUUAGCCCUACAGAAGAGUGUUGCUUAGCAACUGCCUAAAUGACUAGCAAACCUAUACCUAGUAAAGGCUCGAAGGACUUUCUAUUCUGUGUUUAUAUUUUUGUGUGUUGACCAUCAAAACCAAGAGGAAGUUGUUUCCCUGUCAGUCUCAUCAUUUUUCAGUUCAGUUUCUACAUUUUUAUGGUUACUUUAUGUGUGAGUUCUUUGUAGCAACAACAAAAAUGCACAGUAUAUCGCAUGAGCAUCUUCUCUCUUCCAUUCCUAGUAGCAUUGCUGUGUUCAUCAUUUUCAUUUUUUCUAACAAAAUAUCCAGCAAUGACAAUGUGCUGAGUAAAGAACCAUUGUUAAUGGGUUGAGUACAGGACUGUACACUAUGUGGCCAACCUGAAAUGUUAAGAAGAAAUAUAUUGAGAUUUUAGGAGAGGGACUUGCUUAGAGAUUACGGUGAAGAGGUUGAUAUCACCCACAGUGGUUUAGCUUUGGUUAUUUGAUCCAGAAGUGUCUGAGAACUCUUAAUGAGGGUAUGCCAGAGCGCGGGAUGCCGAGUGGUGCUGCAACACGCAGCGCCUCAUCAGGCCCCACUUGGCCUUGGGCUUCUUCCUACCAUGGCAUACAGUGCUUCCUUACUUUCCAAGUUUCAGACCAGUUUUCUUCACUCUGUUUCUCUUUAGCUCAUUGCUCCCUUUGUGUGUUGUGGUGUUGAAAAAUUAAAGACCAUUCAUGCAAAACUGUGAACAAUAGAAAGUGCACGUGCACUUCUGUGACUGGUGCUCAGGAAGUCUGAGCGGAGAAAAACCCUGGGGCAACAGGUGAAGCAGCUGUAGCAGCAGCAUUGCGUGUCAGGUGUCCUGUGUGAGCCCCAGCUGGUGCACCCUGGGGAAGCGGCAGAAGGGGCCCACGUGCUUGGGUUCCUGCCACCCACACGGGAGGCCCGGGUGGAGCUCCUGGCUGCCAGCGUCCGCCUGGCCCAGCCCUGGCCUUUGCAGCCAUUUGGGGAAUAAACCAGCAGAUAGAAGCUCUCCCCCUCUUUUCUCUUUCUCUCUCACCCUGUCUCCCUCUCCCUCUGCCUUUCAAAUAAAUCAAUUCUUUUUAUUUUUUUUUAAGAGAGAAACUCCGUGUGCUUUCAAAGAGAACUUUUUUCUUAGAAUGGAGCUCCUUGCACAGCGGCCACUUUAGAUUGGUGUCUUGCAGCGAGGCUUUGCACAAAUGAGUUUUUUCUCAUAGGCAAGAACUCCUAAGAUGUGACUGUGCGUAAUGGAUAAGCACCCUCCACACAUGUCAGAGACAGUUUUUUUUUUUAAUGGAAAAUCUUCAGAAAGAUAUUACCCUAACACAAUAUAAAGUGUUGGUUUUUUAUUUAAGCAGUAUGAGUUACUGGCAGCCGUGGUCACUAUAAAUAAUAAAACAGUUCAUCCACAGCUGGCUAAUGCAGGGCCGUUUAUGAACUAAGAUCUGAGAGACUGUGUGACGGUACACGGUCCUCUCACUUCAUUUAUGUUGUCAGCCCUUGCGUAAGUGAGGUCAGCUGUACAAGUGCAGGGUGUCACAACAUAGCUUACGACAAAAAGAACUGUUGACGAGACACAGCUGUUUGGGAGGGGAAGAAGAUAGAGAGGCCGGCAUCUUGCUGUUCUAGAAGUUUAAACCUCAACCAUGAAAUUGUCUUUUUUGCCUUCUCCUUAGCCUUCCCUCAACUCUAUCUGUAGAAAAUAAAUUCAGCAGAAAAUAAACUGCCAUUCAAAUGAGUGAAAUUGGAAUGUUCUGAGCAUUGCCACUACUGCUGCCAUGGCCAGUGUGUAGAAAUAAAGGGCUUUUGAUGAUUUUAUUAUUAGCCAGUCAGCAUUCACUGACACUCUUGCAGCCAACUGGAAGCGCAUUUUGAACAUGCAAGCCAGCACCAGCAGGUUGUUGGGAUAAUGCUGCCUCAGUCCGGAUGGUGUUUUCUGUUGUAGCAGACUGUUAUUAGGUGCAGAGAGCUCAUCAGUAACUUGAGGGAAAAGUGAGAGCUGCCGUCAGCCUUCUUUUUCUUUACAUGGCGUGUUUCCAAAAAGUCUACAGAAAAUGCAUGUCAUAAAAACACUGCGUGUAUUUCAAAAAUUCUUUGUAUCAAAAUACUAGUCAAAAUUUAUUUGAAAGGCAGAGAGAGCAGACAGGCAUCUCCUGCUGUUGUAGAACAAUCCCCCUAAACUAGUUGGAGGAGCUGCUGGAGACCCCCCAUCGCUGGGCUUUGCUCAGCGGAUGUGCCGAAAUCUAACCGCUGGUGGAAGAAAGUAAAUACUGCGUUUAUUUGCAAAGCACAGAGCCAGGAGCUGGGCAGCUGUCACUUGAUUUCCAGGCCCCCCAAGGUGUUGGGGGUGAUGGUUCUUAUGGUUUGAAGCUGGGACCGAGAGGUGUGUCUUCAGCUCAUGUCCAAGUUCCUCAUUGGUGACUGAUGCUCAUGGCCUUGCCUUGCGUGGUCAGCCAAGUUGUGUUCUUCAGGCGGUGGUAGUGAUGGCCAGGCAGGUGCCUCAUUUGGUCUGGGGAGUUACAUUCUACCCUGGACCUGGAACUUCCCUAAACAAACCAGGACUGGCCACCAAGUGGUUCCUGGAAUCAAAUGAUUAGCGUCUUGUAGGGCCAGCUGUACCCUCCAUCAAUCCAGAGAAUUCUUUCUGAAAGACAGGCAAGGACACCUUGGCCUAAGGGAAAUAGACCAGAGGCUGGAUCCUCGUGCUAUCUUGUCUGCUUUAGGGAAAUUUGUGGAGGGGUUCAGUGUCAUCAUCUGGUACAUUCCCAAAAUGCCCAGAAGAGGACUGAGUGCAGGACUCCCACAUGGGUGACAGGAACUCCGCUAGUUGCAUCAUCACCUGCUCUCUGCCAGGAUGUGCAUCAGCGGGAAGCUUGAACAGGAGUGGAGUUGGUCCUCAAAUCCCAGCACUCUGAUAUGGGGUGUGUGUGUCCCAAGAGGGGGAUUCACACUGUGCCUAACCUUAUCUUUUAAUUCCAUUCUUCCAUGACCUUUUGAUUUUUAAGAUUUAUUUAUUUAUUUGAAAGGCAGUGUUACAGAAUGAGAGAGGGGGGAACAGAGAUCGUUCAUGUGCUAGUUCACUCCCCAGAUGGCUGCAACAACGGGCCUAACCCAGCAGCCUGGAGCUCCUUCCAGGUCUCCCACGUGGGUGGCAGGGCCCGAGUACUUGGCCAUGCUCCUCUGCUCUCCCAGGUGCAUCAGCAGUGGCUGGAAAAGAAGUGAGGUAGCCAAGACUCCAACUGGUGCUUUAGUGGGAUGUUGGUGUCCAAGUGGCAGCUAAUCCCACCGUGCCACUGUCAUGGGCUACCAGGUGGCAGAGAAAAGAUUACUUCGGUUCUUUGUCUCACAUGGAAGAAGAAUUUCCACGCGGACAAGGCAGAGAGAGAAAAGCAAGUGCCUUGGAGGGGGCCUCCAAGAGAGGCAGAACCCAAAGGGGCACCAUUUUGGACAAAAACCUAGUGAUCAGUUACAAGGCAGACAGAACCCAUCAGAGAACCUGGUUUGCAAUCGUACUGGCUCUGUCUGGCCUGCUCAUGACAGAACAAACGAGGGGAGAGGUUCUUGUAAGUUAGGACGCCACUCCCUUGCUAUGCUCAUGACUAAACUGGAAGCUCCUGAGGAAUGGGCAGGCACUUUGGUUCUGCUACAGGCAGAUUUUGGGGAGAAACGUGCAGUGGGAUUCGGCACUUUGAUCUCGCUGAAGAUGACGUUCGGGGAAAGCAAGCAUUCUGCACCCUCGAUUUCCACUGGGGGCCACCUGGCUGCCUGUUAACUCGUCUGACUCCUCACAUCACAGCACCAGCCCGUUUUCCGUGAUCUUUUCGAAGUUCCUUGCAUUUGCAGAUGAUUUACAUAGUAGAUAGACUGUAAACUUUCAAUUCAGUUUUCAGUGUACAAUGAUUAACAUUAAGGUCAAAGUACUAAGAACAGAAACAUAGAGUCCAGCUUUGGAAAUGUAAAAGCUUUUAUUCCAGGACAUGGACUAUUCAUAAGUUGAAUUUCCUUUCUUUUCUCUUGCACUCAUGAGGAGAAAAACCCUGAGCCUUGUAAUCAGGCAUUUCAGAUUUAAUCAUACCUCUUUCUGUUUCUAAAAAAAAUGUUUAUUUAUUUACUUGAAUGGCAGAGUUACAGAGAGGAGAGAUCCUCCAUCCUCUCGUUCACUCCCCAAACAGCUGCACCAGCUGGAGGGAGGGAGGGAGAGAGAAUCUUCCACCUGCUGGUUUACUCCCCAAAUGGCCACAAUGGCUGGGCCAGAAGCCUGGAACUUCAGUUGGGUCUCCCACAUGCGUGGCAGGGGCCCAAGCGCUCAAUUCACUUUCCGCUGCUUUCCCAGGUGCAGUUGCUGGGAGCUGGGUCAGAAAUGAAGCAGCCAGAAUACAACCCAGUGCUCGUGUAGGAUGCCCACGUCACAGGUUACUACCUCUGUGCCACGACAUUGGCCCCUUAGUUGUAGCUGUGAUUUACCAGUGAUGCAACUUAACUUACUUAAACUCUUAUGACAGGUAUCCUUUUCUAUAAAAUAAGGGUAAUAAAAGCGGCCACAUAGUCUGUGUAAGAUCUAAUAGAGAUAAGAUAGUUAAUAUAGUUAAAGCUCACCCCAGGGCCCUGUGCUGUCUCGUAGCGGGUAAAGGCAUCACCUGCAGUGCCCGCAUCCCAUAUGGGUACCGGUUCGAAUCCUGGCUGCUCCACUUCUGAUCCAGCUCCCUGCUAAUGUUCCUGGGAAAGCAGUAGAAGAUGGCCCAAGUCCUUGGGCCCCUGCAUCCACGUAGGAGACCAAGAAGAAGCUCCUGGCUCCCGGCUUCGGUUUGGGGCAGCUCCGGCCAUUGCAGCCAGUUGGAGAGUGAACCAGCAGAUGGAAGAUCUCUCUCUCUCUCUCUCUUUCACUGCCUCUCCUUUCUCUGUGUAACUCUGACUUUCAAGUAAAAUAAAUAAAUCUUUAAAAAAAAAAAAAAAGCUCAUCCCAGGGUGGUAGGUGUUAAGUAUGGAUUUCUUUUGUUCUCUUUCCUCCUUCAGUCCAAAUUCAAACUCAGGUGCUGUCUUUGCAAUGGAGUGGAUCACCGUGUUUUCUGGUCAGUUCUAAGCUUCAGGAUAAACCACUCCUGUAAGCUAUUGCACAGGGUAUUCCACCUGACGCUCAGCUACAAAUGAGCGGUGGGAAACCUUGUUAUAAUACAAUUAGAAAGAAGGGUUAUUUAUUUCCACACGGUAGCCCCUAGUAAGGAUGUUUUGUUCAUCAGGUCACAACAGAUGAAUAUCAUUGUGCAGCAAAUGCUCUCUUUGUUCCUUGUUCUUGUCACAAUUGCUCAAUUUGAUAAGAGGUAAUUGAUUCAAUUCGGUUAGCAUUGUAGUCAGGAAACCAAAGCCUGGCAGCAAAUAAUUAGAGAUCCCCCCACCUCCCCCAGCCCGGAUCAAGCUUUCGCCUCCUCCCACUCUUCUCAGUCAUUGUUGACAGAGGAUUCAUGUAAAUUACCAGGCUGCUCUCUCCAGUGAAGCAACCAGGAAGAUGGAGCUGCUUCGGGAGGAGGCUUAGCUGUGGGAUUAGUGCCCUUGGGAAGGCGGCCUGAGCUCCUCCCUUCCACCGCUAGGCUGCCGCAAGCCAGCUGUCUGAACUGGAAGGGAGGCCCACACCAGACACAGAGUGCCGAACUUCCGCGCUGGAUUUCCCAGGCUCCAGAGCCGUGAGGGAGACGUUUCUGUUGCUCAUGAGUCACACAGUCUGUGGUAUUCAGAGCAGUCACACAGCCAGUGAGUAGCAGGCCAAGUGUCCCAGCAGGCAGUUCUCCACCCUGGAGCCCACGUGUUACUCUCCUUCUGUGGGCGGACAUGGAGACUAGGAAGGCGCCGGGUAGUCUUCAGUGACUGCCCUUGGUCCACAUGCCAAAUGUAGGCCACAUUUUGGGGCUUGACAGUUGAAACCUAGCACGGCCAAUUCACAUUUGCCUCCUACUGCGUGCAACGUGGGCUCACCACUCUACUCAGGCCCACUUCUGUCCCCACCCCACCCCACCCCCACCGAGCUCCCCUGCCUGCAGAGCAACCUCCUCCUCUCACAGUCCUACAUCACUCACGUUACCAUCUGCUGGGCACGGUCAGUUCUGUGUGUGUGUGUGUGUGUUUGUGUGUGAAGGAAGCGUUCUGGUGUGUUGGCUUUACUUACCGCGUCCUCUUUAGUGGCGAAGGGCAUGUGCAUUGGAAAGAGACACACCUCGUUUUCAGUCCUGUCAACUCUGCUGCUACCUGUGAGUCUAAUCACUCAAGUUUUCCAGCUCAUGAGUUCCCAGCUCACUGACUUAUUGUAAAGACUAAAUAAGAUUCCGCGUCUAAGACUUGAUGAGUAUUUAUUACAUGUUAGCUGCUAAUUACCUUUAUAAACUUUUUGUAAAUAUUCAUUGUUAUAACUAGAUUUGUAUGUGUUAUAUAUUACAAAGUCUGUAAUCCCUCUCAUGCUUUGAUACACUCGUAAUUCACAUAUCAUGAAAUUCAUGGAAUUCUCACUGCAGAAUUUUAGCAAAGUCCUCUGUUACAAGCUGCCUGUGUGUAACCCAAUGCAGAGAGCGGGGGCUCCCCUGGCAAAGGAGCUAGCCACGCUGAAGGAAGAAUCUUGAGACCAAGGAGCCCUGAAAUGAAACCCUAUCGUAUUGCCUAAUCCUGCUUCUGGGUUGUGACAAAAUGAAUGCAAGACAUCAGGGAACGGUUUGAUUUGGAUGUUAGUAAAACUGGUAAACAUAAUUUGUAAAUAUUUUAGAUAUGAAAAUUAUUUGUCCUUAGAAUUCAGCUGACGACUCUGCUCAUAGUGAGACAAGGUGAAGCGUGAGUCGUGGCUUUCAGCCCUGUCCAAAACCACCUUCACUCUGGGCUUAGGGACCACUUGAAACACUUACUUCUGGGUAGGCAAGGUUUAAUGUGAAUGUGCUAAUUGUGGAUUUUGGAGUUGGAAAUGAGGUGAAAAGCUGAAUUGUUAGAGAGUUGCAGCUACUCUUUCAUAGUCUGGAAUCGACCUCACUCUCAUUCUUUGCAGAGAGAUGCAAAUGAGGCAGUCAGAUACCCAGGAUACCUGUCAAGCAAGUAUUUGUGUCCCACUGAUUUGGGUUUUUUUCUCAGUUUAACUCUGGGGAUUUUUUUUUUAAGAAUCUACAUUUUCUCAGGUUUUGAAUUUGCCUACUAGUUGCUAGGAAAGAUAGGAAAGAUAAUGAGCUGAAUGGCUAGAACUCGACCUAAGAAUAAUGGUUUUCUUUAUUUACCUUUGCAUAAUUUAGAGAGCUGAGAUUUCACUUUAUCUUUUUGCUUGUUGUUCUUUUACCAUUGUAAAAAUUCAGUAGGUGUUACUAGACCAUUCCGAAGUCCAAAAUAUUCUGAAAAGCUCUCCUCUAUGGCUGCUUCUAUGGUUUCUCAUUCACAGCUUGUUCUAUCUUUUGCUCUCCCAUUUAGAGCACUUGGAUUUUGUAGUGUGCACUCUAUUCAGUGUAGAUAGAAACUUGCUUGGAAUAUUGGUUUUCUGUAAUAAAGUACUCGCAGAAUUUUGUUUUUCUUAGGGUUCCCUGUCUCUGUGUCAGCACUAGGAACAUUGUGUGAUUUUGGAGAUCUGUUGACCUCGAGCUGUGUGUACUUCAUGCAUGUGUAUAUUGAGGUAUUUUGGAACAUCUUUGGUCGUGGAUGGUCAGACGAGGGGCCGCUGGGCGGGAGGAGUGGGCUUCCUGCAGGGCUCAGGCUAUAGGAGCAGGAGGCUCAGGCGACCUGGCCCUCUGAGCCAGAUUUCUGUCACGGUGGUUUUGUCUUCUUUCCAUCUGAUCUUGUUUUAUGGCUGUUGUGAUGAGAAAGUUCAACAAGGAGAAGCAGAGACACGGGAAAAGGAUCCUGAUAUACACUCUGGUGAGGUGAGAUGAUUUUUAUGAGGAGUGAUCGUUUUUUAAUAUAUUUGCUGCUUUGACUGGUGGGUAACAAAAUACUAGAUCCAUAAUGAAGUUUUUUUGCCUUGCUGCUUGAGGCUUUUCUUGAUUUUUGCUUUGGGCUUCUCUGAAUUUGACACCUGAGAAUAAUCAUUCUCUGAAGACCAGGAUAGGGUUUAUUUGACUCAUAUUCAUUCAGUACAAUCCAGGUAUAUUUUUUGCUGAAAAGUACAGUCCUAGUAGGAUGACCGUUGAGACAAAAUGGGCCACCGAAGUGGGCUGCUCUUUCAGUACACAAACUUUAAACAGCAUGUAGAAGUCGAUGGAGAUAUUUGUUAGGUUUUUCUUAGUAAGAUCCGGAAAAGCUUUUGGAAAAUUAUUUUAUAGCCUGCUUGGCUUCUGAAUAGAAAGCAUAAAAAAAUAUUGUAACUAAUUAAAAGUAUCGCUACUAUCAUUAAAUCCUUAUUUUUAGGCAAAAGAAUUGCCAUUAGAAAAUCCAGACUAGUACCCAGUAGAAUACAUUUGCUGAGAUCUAUUGUGGCAGCCCUGGGGACCCUGUCGUUUAGUGUUACCCUUUGAUUUUAUCUGAUAGAGAUUAAAAAGGCGUUCCCACCUUCAAAUCCCCACUCACCCUGUUUCGGGCUUUUGACUCUGCACACACGUGAAAGCCACUGAUCUCGUCCAUCCCUCUCCAUUUGCAUGGCCAUGAGGAAGUGGAGACCUAGGGGAAGUUACUGACUUGCCCUCCGAGGACAGCUGCCCAGUUCCUGUUAGAACCGGGGACUGGCUGGUUCCCCUUGAAUGCCUUGGCUCCUGCUGCCUGUUUGACACAGUCCUCUCCAGGUAACCUUUAGCAGCACAUGGUGCUGUCUGUAGCACUUCCCUUGGUCUCAGGUAAUGCUCCAGCCCUCUGCCUUUUCCCCCCGCAAUGCAGUUGUCUGGUGUGAGGGAAAUGUACUGCGGAAACUCAGGUGUAAACAGUCCCGGGAGACCCGUGGGUCUCCAUGGCAGAGCGUGGGUGGUGGGCGCAAGAAUGUCUUGCAAGGGAGCCAAGGACCCUAGGUAAACACGACUGCUGAAGUUUGGAGGGGGUGGGGGAUCGGUGUGGAUGUGGCUGUAGUCCUGAGACCAAAGAGAAUGUCUUAGGAAAAGGGACAAAGUCAGUUCAGCCAGUUUUCUAAUAGAUGAUCGGUAUUCAAAGAGCUUACAUUUUGUUGGAACCACAACUGUGCAUUUAAUUGUGGAAACAAACAAACAGGAAAAAAACAAUUGGAUUUUUUUUCUUCUCAGACUCUGAAAGUAAAAUAUAUUUUAAGGGAGACAAAAAAAAGGAAGGUUGUAAACCAAACUUAGAAGAGUCAUUGCUCAAGAGAAUCUAUGCACUGUAGCUAUGAUAGAGGACCUCCUGAAUUUAGUUAGAAAAUGUUAUAGUAAUUCUAGUCACAGUGGCUAAUUAGAACAAUCUUUUGAAGACAAUAAGAACUUUUAAAAAAUGUUGGCUUACGUAAGAACCUCUGUAGAAUUCUAAAAGGCCCGAGUUAUUUGCAGUUGUUAGCUCCCGUGUAAGUAAAACUAAAACUUUACAGCCUUUGAUGUUUAUAAAAAUGCGUUUGCCCUGUUACAGCCCGAUGCCUUAAAAGUUUUCUCGUUUUACUACGCUGCAUCUCCCGGGGCUGUGUGGUACUGUUUGCCUGCUCCCUGUUUCUUGGAUUGUGAGUGCACUUCCUAACCAAGAAGAUCACCUAUUGUUAACACUGAUCUUGCUCUCCUAGGGUGCCUACGCAGCCUCUCACAAGUGGUUAUAAUUCCUGUUUGCCCCUGGGCGGUUGCCAGCAGGGAGUAAGGCAUUAUGGGAAGUCGUCUCUUUACCUUCCACAACAGGUGUCUUUGUCCGAGCACCUUAUUCAGAUAUCAGUGCGUGGAAGCCCUGAGUCACUGUAGCAAAGAAAAAUAUGAAAGCAAGAGGGAUUGUGCUCACAACUAGAAAACGGUGCUGCAAGAUAAAUCUGAAAUAUUCCGGUGCCAGUGAAUGCAUGAAGACUUUCACAGUAGGUUUUAAACUACUUCUGAAAAGAUACAGAGGAAACAGGAAUUUACAAGAAAUCUCAGAGGGGAAAAAGAAUCCUUAUUAACUUCAGGAAACAAUUUUUAACUACCAAGAAUUCUCUAAAUUUUGAGAAAUUAAAAUGGUUGUCAUCUGUUUAUUUUCUAAGAACACGAAAACAUAAACUCUAAGAGCAUUAAGAAAAUCUACUUCUCCAAGAAGAAUCUUCAUGUAAAUAAAACUGAAGAAGAUGAAGUAUUAAUUUUUCAAACCGAGAACAUAAGUCAAUUUUUGUUUUUGUGUUUUGAAAUAGGAUAUUUCUAGUUAAGAAACUUUUAUCUUUUUUUUUUGAAGUUUAAAGAAGUUAUAUAAAAACUGAAUUUUCCAUCUGCUGGGUUAAGAAUGCAGAAGGUGUUUAUAGAGUAUACUUCCUGCAUAGAUAAGAGACCUCAUUUAGUUUGCCACUGGGGGUGAGUCGCUAGACAAGCCUGAGAUAGUAGCUGCCUCCUUUUUUUUUUCCUCCCGGUGUGUGUCUUUUUCUUUCUGGAUUUUUGACAUUCAGCCCCUGCAACUCAGGUGGGUGUGUGCAUUGGCACGGAACGGCAGCCGGCUUUUCCUCGGACAGUCUGGUCUGGAGCCCGGGCGGCAGCUGCUGCCGUGGAGAGGCCAGCUGGCAAGAUGAUGGAAGAGGUGUCCAUUAUGGUCGCGUAUGACGCGCACGUUUUCAGCCAGCUGCACGAUGAAGACUUCCUCACUGGUCUGGUGGCCAUCAGCAAGCCCAGGUCUAUGGUCCCAACCAAGAAGCUGAAGAAAUAUGAGAAGGAGUAUCAGACCAUGCGAGAGAGCCAGCUGCAGCAGGAGGACCCGAUGGACAGAUACAAGUUUGUAUAUUUGUAGGUAACGCCAGCUGUUGCAUUUGUACUGAGAAUCUUCAUAAGAAGCUGAGAGAAGGAGAGGGAAAAGCAAAGAAAGUGGCUUUCUACUUUCAAAAAUAAGAAAAAGAGAAAAAUGGCAAAGUACUGUUUUAGCUGUGCAUGGCCCCAUCCACAGAGACUUUUAGAAGGUGAACUGUUGCAAGACUGGCACAAGGAUGUUUCACACUUACCUAUGUCUUUUGCAACUGUUAACAAUACAAACUUACGUACUUGGAAGUAAAAAUAAAAAUCACGAAGGUAUAUCAAGCACAGUAA